AUCGCUGUAAAUUUCCCCAAUCUUCGUUUCGCUAAACCCUAGCCUAAAGCCUCAUCCCCUUCCUCCUGCCUGUCCUGCGUGCCUUCGCCUCGUGCCCCUCUCCUCUCGCCCCCGGAAUUCCCCUUCAUCCAGUCAUGUGCGAUCUCAAAUCCCUCGUCGGCGAUUUAGGGUUGUCGCACAAACACCCCCGCGUUACGCGCGUCGCGGUUCCAGGGCUUCCUCGGUUGAGGAUUAGUAGAAGGAAGUUUGCAGCGCCAGCCAUCACUCUGGAUGACUAUCUUCCGAUGCGAAGUACUGAAGUGAAAAAUCGGACAUCAGCAGACGGUAUCAAAAGCCUCAGGCUCAUCACAGCAGUCAAAACACCUUAUUUGCCAGAUGGAAGAUUUGAUCUUGAAGCAUAUGAUUCUUUGAUAAACAAGCAAAUAGACGGUGGUGCUGAAGGUGUAAUAGUUGGUGGAACAACAGGAGAAGGUCACCUAAUGAGCUGGGAUGAACACAUCAUGCUCAUCGGGCAUACUGUUAACUGUUUUGGCACUAAUAUCAAAGUGAUAGGCAACACAGGAAGUAACUCAACCAGAGAAGCUGUGCACGCGACAGAGCAGGGAUUUGCUGUUGGCAUGCAUGCAGCUCUCCAUGUCAAUCCUUACUAUGGGAAAACCUCAACAGAAGGAUUGAUCUCCCAUUUCAAAGCUGUCCUCCUGAUGGGUCCAACCAUCAUUUACAAUGUGCCAUCCAGGACUGGCCAGGAUAUACCUCCCCCAGUCAUUGAGGCGAUUUCACGGUACCCAAACAUGGCAGGAGUGAAAGAAUGUGUUGGACAUGAGAGGGUUAAGUGCUACACUGACAAAGGUAUAACAAUAUGGAGUGGUAAUGAUGACGAAUGCCAUGAUUCUAGGUGGAAGUACGGCGCCACUGGAGUAAUUUCUGUAGCUAGCAACCUUGUCCCUGGUCUCAUGCACAGCCUCAUGUAUGAAGGGGAGGAUGCGAUGCUCAAUGAGAAGCUGCUGCCUCUGAUGAGCUGGUUAUUUUGCCAGCCUAAUCCGAUCGGUCUCAACACUGCCCUGGCUCAGCUCGGCGUAGCGAGGCCUGUUUUCAGAUUACCAUAUGUUCCUCUGCCUCUUGAGAAGAGGGUUGAGUUUGUCCGGAUCGUCGAAGUCAUCGGGCGGGAAAAUUUUGUCGGAGAGAAAGAGGCGCGUGUUCUUGACGAUGAUGAUUUUGUGUUGAUCAGUAGGUAUUAAAUAAACUACUUCAAUGUUGUGUCCGAAUGUAUGUUGACGAGCAGUGGUACUGUAUGACGGUCUGGCUAUCUGUUUGACACUUCAUUAAUUUGUUCGCCCGUUGAAAGAACGGCAAGGUAUCCUGGAACCUAUUUGUUUCUGUUGCAUUUUACUCCAUGAUGCAAGGUGUACUGAGAAUAAACUAAGAAUAAAAGAGAUGUACAGCUGUCUUGGGGAUAUA